UUGCCUCUGCAAAGAAGUUCAGUGUGCAACAAGGAGGGGUUUGGGGUGGAAAAGACCACACUGUCUGUGACCAUACAUUGUUAUGGAAAUUGCAACAGGUCUCGAAUCAUUGGAGAGACGCUUCUCGGCAAGGAAUCAUUCUGCCUGUUCAAAGAUGCUGGACGGUAUUAAAAUCGAAGAUCAUUUUAGAACGGGAGCGGCCACUUUGGGCGUUAUGAUCGGUGCUGAAUGCCAUCAUCAGGCUGUCUGCGAGGGAUGUCAGCGGCCUAUAUCCGACCGAUUUCUGAUGCGGGUCAACGAAUCGUCGUGGCACGAGGAGUGUUUGCAGUGCGCGGUGUGUCAACAGCCGCUUACCACAACUUGCUACUUCAGAGAUAGGAAACUCUACUGCAAAAUUGACUACCAACAGCUGUUUGCCACCAAGUGCAGUGGUUGCCUGGAGAAUAUAGCUCCUACUGAGUUUGUGAUGCGUGCCCUGGAGUGUGUGUACCACCUGGGCUGUUUCUGCUGCUGCGUGUGCGACAGGCAGCUGUGCAAAGGAGACGAGUUUGUCCUCAAGGAGGGCCAGCUGCUCUGCAAGAGCGACUACGAGAGGGAGAAGGAACUGCUCAGCUCCAUGAGCCCUGAUGCCUCAGAUUCAGAGAAGAGUGAAGCUGAGGAGCUGGACGGGAAGCCUGAGAAGGGCUCUGGGGGCCAGGGGAAGGGCAGUGACGACGGGAAAGACCCUCGCCGUCCCAAACGGCCACGCACCAUCCUGACCACGCAGCAGAGGAGAGCCUUCAAGGCGUCCUUCGAGGUGUCCUCCAAACCCUGCCGGAAGGUUAGAGAGACGCUGGCGGCAGAGACGGGCCUUAGUGUCCGUGUUGUCCAAGUGUGGUUCCAGAACCAAAGAGCCAAGAUGAAGAAGCUAGCCCGGAGACAGCAACAACAGCACGAGCAGCAGAACUCCCAAAGGCUUGGCCAAGAAGUGAUGUCGGGUCGGAUGGAGGGCCUGCUGAGCUCCUACACCCCCCUGGGCCCCCCUCAGCAGCAGCAGCUAGUGGCUAUGGAGCAGAACGGAUACGGCACCGACCCCUUCCAGCAUGGACUCACCCCGCCACAGAUGCCCGGAGACCACAUGAACCCAUACGGAAAUGACUCCAUUUUCCACGACAUCGACAGCGACACGUCCCUCACCAGCCUCAGCGACUGUUUCAUGGCGGCGUCCGACAUUGGCUCCCUGCAGGUGCGGGUGGGGAACCCCAUCGACCGUCUCUACUCCAUGCAGAGCUCUUACUUUGCCUCCUGAAAGUCAACCCUGAACCGAA